AUGUCGUGGAAGAGGAACUACUUUGCGUCGGGCGGAGGUGGCGUGAGUGGUGCUUCGCCCAUAGGAGGAGGAGGUGGAGGAGGUGGAGGGAUACAUGGACUGGUCACCCCACGGAACAUGAACUCCAUUGCCCCCAGCAAAGGGCUGAGCAACGAGCCGGGACAGAACAGCUGCUUUCUCAACAGCGCGUUACAAGUUUUGUGGCACCUGGACAUCUUCAGGAGGAGUUUCCGACAGCUGACCACUCACAAGUGCAUGGAGGACUCCUGCAUCUUCUGCGCCCUCAAGGUUCACUAA